AUGAAUAGCAUACCAUUCGGAGAGUUCAAGCAUCAUCCGAACAUCAACCCUGAUAAAGACUACAAUAAUCUGAGUAUCGAUGGGGAUGUUGACGUAAUCAAGCUCGAGAAGGCUCAAGCAGUGGAAGCUCCUGGUUCCACUCCUGUUCUUUUCAAGCUUCGUCCCUUAAAAGCUGGAGACAGCUUCUCCAUUGAAGGAAGAAUCAACGAGGAUGCUAAUAAAGUUGAUUUCAAUCUGUACUCAUCGGCCAAUCCAAAACAGAAUGUAUUGCAUGUGAAUCCUCGCUUCUAUCAAAACACGACCGUCAUGAACAGCUACUUGGAUGGUCAUUGGGGAGAAGAAGAACUAGCGCCGUUGGUGUUCAGGAGAGGAGAAUCAUUCACCUUGGAAGUCAAUGUUUAUGCCACAUACUUCGAGAUCUCAUGUAAUGGUAAGAAGCUGUACAAAUACAAGCAUCGAACGCCGUAUGAUGGUCUCGAUCGUAUCGUCAUCUAUGGAGACUGUACGGUGUUGGGCAGCUCUUCGAGUGAGCGCAGAGAUACUACACUUCCUCUGGAGAUGGGAUUCCCUGGUGGAUCCCUGAAAACUAAUCAGAGCAUCAUUCUUCAAGGGAUUCCUAGAGGUGAUAGAUGGACCCUCGAGUUGCCCGGCAACGAUGGGGAUAUUCUGUUCCACUUUAAGGCAUUACUCAGAGCAAAAACUGUCAUACGCAAUGCACUCUUUGACGGGUCCUGGGGAAGAGAAGAAAAGGAAGGACCGUUCCCGUUCAAAAUGGGUGAACCGUUCAGUAUAGUUUUCCAGAACACGCCCUACUCAAUCAGGAUUACCGUGGAUGAUGAGCUAUUUGGUACCUUUGCGCAUCGUACGGAGGACCCCAAGGUGGACUAUAAGAGAAUGAAGGUCGACGGAGACAUUGAAGUGAUCGACGUUUAUGUCAGAUGA